AUGAUUCAACAAGAAGAUAAUCCAUAUGUACGAGAUGAUACAAUGUUUAUUAAAGUAAUGGUUAAUUUUGGUAAUAUUCCUGAUAGAGUCUUGCCUUAUGCAAUAAGUUUGAAUCCUGGUUUGCCAAUUCCUAUUCAACAAAAACUGAUCGAACAAGAAAUAGAAGAAAUAGAAGAAAAAGUUCCACAACAACCGCAUGAAACAGAUAGUUAUGAGUACGAGUUUGGCUGUGAGGACAACUCCACACGAUGA